GCUACAGGAGCACCCAGAAACUGGAAACUGUCAAACCAAGAGCCCAAGGAGGAACUGAAAAGAAAAAAUCUGAAAUUUGUAAAAAUGGAAAGGAAAAAAAAAGAGAAAUAAAUAGGGGAGAGAGAGAGAGAGAGAGAGAGAGAGAAGCUUUGUAACUUCCCCCGCAGCUAUCUCGCUUGCUCUCGCCAUCUCACCAGUCUCCUCGCGACGCCAUUGUAGCUACCGCAAAGCUCUCUCUCCCCUCGAGCUCUGCUCUGAGCGAGAGCUCUGGGCCUCGGGCCAUGCCGAAGAACGCGUGCAAGCUCUGCUGCCGCCGCUUCGCUAGCCCCCGCGCCCUCGCGGGACACAUGCGGUCUCACUCCGUGGCCACAGCCAACGCCGCGGCGGCGGCUGCGGUGGCGGCAGCCACGAAGCUGCAGAUCUCGUCGGCGUCGUCCGCGUCGACGUCAUUCACCGCCGCCGAUGAGGAGGAGGAGGAGGACGUGGGAUUCAAGAAGCCCCUUUCCAUCUACACGCUGCGGGAGAAUCCCAAGCGCAGCCUCCGCGUCUCCGAGUACGCCUUCUCGGACCGCGAGAGCGAGGCCGAGUCCACCCCGACGCCCGCCGCCAAGAGCGCGCGCACCGGUGACGGCGAGCCGAUGAGCUCGUUGUCGUACGUGGGCACGCCGGAGGAGGAGGUGGCGCUGGCCCUCAUGAUGCUCUCUCGCGACACCUGGCCGUCCGUCGGGCGCCGCGGCGGUGGCGAGUACUCGGACGACGGGAGCGACGACUGCUACGCGCUCCCUCCUCCGUCUCCCGCGCCGGCGCCGCUGGCGGAGAAGCGGACGCGUUUCCAGUGCCCCGCGUGCAAGAAGGUGUUCCGAUCCUACCAGGCGCUCGGCGGCCACCGCGCCAGCCACGUCCGCGGCGGCAGGGGCGGCUGCUGCGCGCCUCCCCUCGCCCCUCCGCCUCCGCCUCCGCCGCAACCGCAGCCGCCAUUGCCGGAGCACGAAGCGGACGAAGAAGACAUGGACGGGAAGGCGGUGCCGCACGAGUGCCCCUACUGCUACCGCGUGUUCUCCUCCGGGCAAGCUCUGGGCGGCCACAAGAGGUCUCACCUCUGCUCCGCCGCCGCCGCCGCAGCCCAUGCACAGACAGCCGGCGCCAGUCCUCCGUCCCAGGCCAAAAUUCUCGGCAUGAUCGAUCUCAACAUCGCGCCGCCCGUCGACGAGGUGGAGCUCUCCGCCGUGUCGGAUCCCCACUUCCCCAACAAUCCAUGUCUUUGAAGCAAAGACCAGACUUCGCAAUGGCGGAGGUGAUCUGAGGUGAGGCAUAAGUCGAAGAAACAGAAAGAAUAAAAAAAGAGGAAAAAACAGAAGGAUAAAAAAAGAACAUAUUUUUUGCUCCUUAGUUAAUCUGCUCGCACCUUUUAGUAUUCCAUUUAUUUGUGUUCAGAUUUCAGAAUGUUUAAUUAAUUAAUAUGUU